AUGCAUCAUUCUUCUGUGUUCUUGAGAAAAAGACCGUCGUUUUACACCACCCGCCGAGCCCUCGCCUCUCAAUGCCAUGACAACGACCACGCCCGUUUGAUCUCCGCCAAAUCUGACAACCAAUCAUCGUUUUCGUCAUUGCAUUUGUCCUCACCCUCGAGAUUAAACAUUGGAUGGAAGUCUAAUUACAAGAAGGUUGAAUCGCUUCUUGAGUCGCUAACAUCUACAGUUGUUGUAGUCGGAUUGAGCCUCGGGCUUUGUUACUUGAAUUCUGUAUCCCAACCGAACUCUCACAUGGUGUAUGCGGACUCGGACUCUGACAACCUGUCCACAGAAUCCGAGAAGAAACCUAAAUACAUCUUUGGAGAUGCUUAUCGGAGAAAAGUUUUCUUCAAGUACGAAAAGCGAAUAAGAACGCAAAGUCCACCUGAAAAGGUGUUCGAGUAUUUUGCAUCUCAACGAUCACCUGAUGGUGAGCCGUUUAUGACACCGUCAGACUUGAUGAGGGCCGUGGUGCCCGUGUUUCCCCCUUCUGAAGCUUCUCAUAUUCGCGAGGGAAGCUUGAAAGGAGAGUGGGCACCGAGUGAGUUACAUUGCCCGCCUUCGAAAUUCUUCAUGCUUUUCGAUACUAACAACGACGGGCUUAUCUCGUUCGCUGAAUAUAUAUUUUUCGUUACGCUACUAAGCAUCCCCGAAACAAGCUUUUCCAUAGCUUUUAAGAUGUUCGAUCUUGAUAACAACGGGGAAAUCGACAAGGAGGAAUUCAAGAAAGUAAUGGCGUUGAUGCGAGCUCAACAUCGACAAGGGUCACGACAUCGUGAUGGGCUGCGUAUUGGGCUUAAAGUUAAGACCCAUGUCGAAAACGGUGGCCUUCUCGAGUAUUUCUUCGGGAAAGACGGGAAAUCGUGCCUCGCUCACGGAAAAUUCACUCAAUUCUUGAAAGAUUUGCAGAAUGAGAUUUUGUUGCUUGAAUUCGCUCAUUACGACUACAAAUCAAGAGGGACUAUAUCCGCUAAGGACUUUGCGUUAUCGAUGGUGGCAUCUGCCGAUAUGAGACACAUCAACAAGUUUCUUGACCGAGUCGACCAACUAAACGACGAACCAAAUCUCAAGAACAUCCGCAUCACCUUCGAAGAUUUCAAGAAUUUUGCCAAGUUACGAACGCAACUUAGACCUCUUUCGCUCGCCAUCUUUAGUUACGGCAAAGUGAACGGGCUCCUUACAAAGCAGGAUUUCCAUCGAGCCAUCGAACAGGUUUGUGGGAUUGUUUUAAGUGAUAAUGUGAUCGAGACAAUAUAUUACGUGUUCGAUGUGAAUCAGGAUGGGAGUUUGAGCUGGGAGGAGUUUUUGCGAGUGUUGCAAAGACGAGAGGAAGACAAGAUACAACCACGGGAGGCCGGGGUCGUCGGAUUGAUCUCGUGCUGGUUACAGUGCUCUAGAAACAACAACUGUUCCUCUGCCAGAAUUCUUCUAUAG